ACAAGAAAUUCCACCAUCAUCGUCAUCUUCCUGCGCCCACAGAAAAGAAAAAAGAGACUCAAUUCUCGACGAAGUCGCCGCCAUGGGUGAAUCUUAAAACCGCUUUGACCUCCUCACCACCAUAGACGUCACUCCCACCAAAUUCCCCUAUUAUUAGCAAAAUCCUCCAAUUUAUCAAUCCCCGUCUCUCUUCUCUCUUGAAAAGGUUUUUACCCAAUUUUAUACUGCUGUCUUUACAUUGUUGGCAUGCACUUGUCUUAUACACUAUGCUGUUGUUACCCAUGGAGUUUUCAGCUCUAUUAAUUUCAUAAUCUCUGCAAGUAUGUGUUGUUGUUAACCUUCGAAACGAUUUGGGGAAUUUUUCGCAGAGUAGGUUUUUGUAAAUUGGGUGAAGAGACUUUAGAAAUUGUUAUGAUGAUGAGUAGGGAAGCCUUGGAUGGUUCUGAAGGAGAGAUCAAGGUUAGUUUCGGCUAUCGUUGCAGCUUCGAAAACGACGAUUCGACGGAUCGAUCAUCGAAUAAUGUCGACAUUCCUUCUGUCGGGAAGCUCCGACGAGCCAGCAGUUCCUUCUCUUGCCUAUCUGGUGCGGCAUUAAGUGCCAACGCCACGUUGGCAAACACGAACAUUUGUAAUGGCUUGUUCGUUUCGGAAAUUCUGCCGUCUCUCGACUCGCCGAAUUCGUUCCGGCGAAUUUCAUCUUCUCCAAAGCUGGAAUUUUUGUCGUCUUCUCUUCAGAGCAGCAUGUCUACUUUGAGUUUCAGCCCGUCGUCGCCGAGCGAAAUGCUCGAUCGUGAUUCGAUUUCGCUGAAGUCGAUGAGCGCACCUUCGGGAAGCGAGAGCCUUCUAGAAGUACAAAUCGCCGGCGGUGCCGCGGGGGAAGACAGAGUUCAAGCUGUUUGUUCUGAAGAAAAUGGUUGGCUUUUCUGCGCUAUUUACGACGGUUUCAACGGAAGGGAUGCGGCAGAUUUUCUCGCCGGAAUUUUGUACGAAAAAGUCGCGUGUCGUCUUAACUUAUUGGACUGGGAAAUCGAUCAGGCGUCAUCGGUUAAAGCGUUGGAUUAUACGAAUAUGUUGAGCAUCGGAAAGAAUACUAUCGACGAAAAUGAAAAAGGUGAUGGUUUUUUUAAGCAGAGCAUUCUCAACAGCCUUCAGCAGGCCCUCAACGAAGCCGAAUCCGAAUUUCUUUACAUGGUCGAGCAGGAAAUGGACGACCGUCCUGAUUUGGUAUCGAUUGGAUCUUGUGUUUUGCUCGUUCUGCUCCAUGGAAAAAAUUUGUAUUUGCUCUGCGUCGGCGACAGUCGAGCUGUGUUAGCGACGUAUGGGAAGGGAUUUAAUGGAAACAACGCCUCCGGGGUUCGAGCCGUGCAGCUUACCGAUAUCCAUACCGUCGACGAUGAAGUCGAAAGAACUCGACUUUUAAACAAUCAUCCCGACGACCCGUCUACGAUUGUCGCCGGAAAAGUGAAAGGGAAGCUAAAAGUGACGAGGGCUUUCGGAGUCGGUUACUUGAAAAAGAAAGAAAUGAAUGAUGCAUUGAUGGGUAUUCUUCGAGUUCGAAAUCUCGUAAGUCCUCCGUACGUGUCGUUGGAACCUUCGCUAAGUGUUCACGAGGUUUCGAGCUCUGACCACUUUGUUGUACUUGCAAGCGACGGCUUAUUCGACUUUUUCACGAAUGAUGAAGUUGUGAAAUUCGUCCAUUCGUAUAUUUUGAAAUACCCGUGUGGUGAUCCGGCGAAAUUUCUGGUCCAACAGCUCGUCGCAAGAGCAGCUACUUCGGCAGGUUUUAGUAAGGAAGAGUUGAUGAGUGUCCCGGCUGGAAGAAGGCGGAAAUACCAUGACGACAUUACGGUUAUCGUAAUUGUUUUGGGCACGAACAAGCGCACCACAAAGGCGUCGACAUGUCUAUCAAACUAAAAAGCUGAGUCAAACGCAACACUAUCUUGAAUUUGCGCAACUUUUAUUUUACUUUCUUAUUUUUGUUCGAUUCUUAAAGUUCGCGAUUGUCUUGGAUCAUACAUGUAUAUCUUAUUCGGAGUUUCAUCUCGUUACCUAUUGUCCGUAAUGCUUUCAUUGUGUCGAACAAACAAACUUUGAUUGUUUUAUCGGAUUCGGUCAAGAGUCUUGUCGGCGAAGCUGAUUGAAUUCGUGGAAUCGGAUAAAAGCGAUUUCGGGGAAUACUAUUUUAUCGGGAAUCUUUUUGAGGUCGAAAAACAAGUGGUUUGGCUUAGUAAAGUUGUAAGGUAUGCUUUUUGAUAUUAUGCUUUAGAUUCUCUUUUGGUGGUGCAUA